GAAGUACAUGUAUAGCUUGGUAUUUGGCAAUUGCACAGGGUCUGGUCACAUUUAAAAUAUGCACAAUUUAAAUAGCUUGAACUAAGCACAGCAUUUGUUGCAAUUUUUGAUUUUUGUAUACUAAUGUGCACACAUUUUAAGCAAGAGCGCAGCGGCUUCGACAGCAACACAGUAUAAAGAAUGUCUGAAGAUCCACGCAACGAGGCUGUUCUGCAGAAUGUGGAAAAGCUAGUGAAAUGCUUGGCUGGUGCCGGCUUCACCACAUCGGAGAGACGCUCGCUGAUGCAAUACGCAGUGCACAAGAUACGGAACCAUCGCUUCCUGAGCACCAACAGCCAUCAGGUGCGCCGCUCCAUCGACAACAUGGUCGAGCGGUUUCACUAUGAGGGUAUGCUGAACCAGGCGGAGGCUGUGCGUCACCUGAGCACGCUGAUAAUGAAUCAUGAGUCGUGGAGGGAGCACUACGAGGUGGAUGUGCAAUAUUCGCUGCUCGAUUUCUUGCUCCACAUGACACACGAGCCCAUUCAGACGAUGCGACGCAACAGAAACCGGAUGCAUGAGCGUCUGUUGGCCAUUAAAGAUGCCCUCAAAACGGCGCCAGACACCGAUGAAGCCGAGGAGCUGCCACAACCCAACCUUGCAGAAACGGACAUCGAUUGGGUGGCACUACUAAGCAAGGACUUUAUUACACUACCCAGCAAAAGUUACGGCAGUGACAGCAGCCUAAGCGAUUGGACCGAUGAGACUAGCAGCGAGGAGAGCUCACAAUACGAAGAACCGCAGGAUUCCAAGACGAGCUUGGAUCAGAAGAACAUGGCCGAGGUGUAUGCCAAAAGCCAAAAUUAUCCCAGCGGCACCAAUACGUUUGUGCCACUGCCGCAGCCCACAGCCGGACGGCCAAAGAAAGUCUUUCGCAUAACGCAACCGAUGUCCAUAUCGUUCAGCGGCAUCCAAACGCGGCCCAAUUGGUGUACGCUGCCAAAGCUGCCGGCGCUGCAGCCACCGCAAAAGCAGAUGCCGUACAUAUAUAGCAUAUUUGAUGCCAACCAUUUGGCCAGGACCAUCCAUUCACAUUGGUGGCGCCAGGACAUAAAGAUCCACACGCUGACGCCGACAAAUGACGCGUGCGCCAACUUUGCCAUUGCCCAUGUCCAGCAUUUGAAUAGGCAUGUGCGCGGCCUGCUCAGGCAUACGUUGCCCAAUACCGUCACCGAGACCUGCCUGCUACGCGAGAUAAUCUUUAUGUUCUUCGAGCCGGCCAACUGUUGCUUCUUCGAGGUGCAGCCGGAGCAGCGGACGCAGAUGCAGAUCAAGGUGCGCCCGAAUGUAUCCAUCUGUAGCGUCAGCAGUGGCAUACUCAAGAUCACGCUGGAGGACGAGGUGCUGCCGGCCAUGCGGGCCAUGCACCAGCUGCGUCAACUGAUCAAGGAGCUGACACUGCCCACCAGCUAUAUGCCCAGCACUGGCACCCUGGAGUGCUUUGCCGUCGGCCUGCGCGAUCUAAUACAGCCCAUCGUUCAGCGUUUGUUGGCCUUUGAGCGGCGAUUGCUGGACAAGGCCGCCGGCAAGCCGGAGUCGAACCUAACGCUAAUAUACUUUAUACGGCACAUGAACGACGAGUUUCAGCAACUGCAGCAGCUCCAAUUGCUGGCAUCUGAUGCGGUUGUUCAGGCGCCGGCGCAUCUGCGAAGCGCCUAUUUGCUGACACAGCUCUACAAGCACACCAGGGUACAUGUGCCGCAUCAGAAGAUGGCCACAGCGCUGCUGCUGAUCACACUGAAGCGCUACUGCGAUAUCAGUGACAAUUGGUGGCGCCACGCUCAGCUGGCUGACUGUCGCGACGAGUAUAUUGUGGAAUUCUGUCGAGAAGAUUGGGUGGCCGCUGGCCAAGGCAUACGCGAGCGUUGCCUGCCAGCAGACGCUGAUGCGUCGCAUCAAGCGAUUCUCGACGAGCUGCAAGGCUGUGCAUUCUAUAAGCUGCUCAUUACGUAUGCUCUGGAGUCCGGUGAGACGCAGGAUCUGCUGGCCAGCAUUGGCCUGCUGGGCGAUUUGGUUAAUACCAGUCAACAGCUGGGCCCACUGCACUCGGACCUGACCAAGCAGCUCUUCAACGAGCUCCAGAGCUUCGGCAGCAGCGGCGUACAUCCAGUGGGUCGGCGGCGUGCCAGCGUCCAGGAGCUGGCACGUCUGGAGCUAAAGCAACACGACGAACAGCUGCUAAAAAACACCGACAAGCUGGGCAAUACCGAGAUUAUGGGUCUAUUCACGCAGCACAUUAGACGCGCCUAUGCCCAGCAAAUUCACAUGGAGCAGACCACGCCGCCGGUGCAGCUGCUCGAUAUUAUUGAAGCACUCGAGCAGUGCACAACGCUGAAGCUGCCGCAAUUGCUGCCCCGUGCAUUGGGCCGCGUGCUGCGGCAGCGCUGCGAUUUGGCCAAUGUAUAUGUGAUGCGCUGGUAUCGCGAGGAGCUGCAGCUGGGCGAUCAUGUGCGCUUUUUGCGCCACAUACUCAUGUUGGAGGCCGACUAUCUGAUGUAUCCAUUCUAUACUAGCCUCUUUCGCCAAAUCGAAUCCGGCCAGAGGUGGGCGCGUUCAUCGCAGCUUACCACGGAACUUUACGACAUCCUCGACGCACACUAUCCGAGCAUGGCCUGCGAGCUAUAUGUGGAGCUAAUUUCACAAUCGCACUCACAGUCCAGCAAGGUGUACGAGGCACUGGAUGCCAUUGGCAUGGUGUAUAUAAUGCCACCGGCUCUAUCCCGCAUCAUAACCGAGAAGCAUAUGGCAUACUACAAUAACAUUUGGCGUCUCAUGCUGAAGGUCAAGUGGGCCGCCUGGAAGCUGGAGAAUAUGCAUUUUAUACGCCGUGAACCCAAAGAUGUUUACGGGCCGCUCGAUCUGCUGGGUCUAACGGUGCGUCGUCUGGAAAUGCUACGUUUCUGGCUGAUCUAUUUGAUCAACAGCCUGCACACACAUCUCUGCACCCAUGUUAUGCAGGCCAUUGGUGGUCAGUUUGAUGAGCAGCUGAAGAAGAUUGGCACCAUACGUGAACUGGCCAAAUUGCAUCACGAGUAUCUGAUGUGCUUGGCCAAUCAUUGUAUGCUCACCGAAGACUUUGAGGAGUUCUGCACGGCGCUGGAGCAGAUAUUCCAUCUGGUGUUUGUGCUCGACAUGGAAUGGAAUAGCUGCGGCAACUAUCUAAAUGCAUCCCACGCGCUCAGUCUGGACUUGAGCUUUGAGUACGAUGAUCUAAGCCUGGAGAAGACGACCAAUUCCAAUUCGGAUAUCAAUGAGUGUACCAAGGCCAUGGAAUAUCUGGCGCUCAACCAGGUGGGCGAAAUCGAAGGCACCUAUAUACGCUGCCAUCAAAUGUUGGGCAGCAUACUCACGGCUCUGGUCUACAAGCACGAUUAUAAGUUCUUGAAUUCCCUGGAAGUGGCCAUCAACUCGAGCCUGCCCUGUUAAACAGCGUAGAUGUAGUUAAUUAAACGUAAUCUUCAUCUU